GGACCUAAUAUUGAACCUUGUGGUACACCUAGUUUGCAUUUUUUUUAAUCGAUGACUUCACACCAUUCAUUUUAACACAUUGCUGUCUACAAUCCAGUGGUUGAUGCAUUAAAAUGCAGUGGGCUCUGGAGAAAGUGCAUGUGUGCAGCGGAUGGACAGCGGCUCUGGUUCACUCUCGACAUGAAGAGAUUCAUCCGUGUGUCGCAGCUGGCCGUGAUUCUGCUCUACAUUCCUCUUGUACAGGUUUUUGCUAUUCUGGCCAAUUCCCACUCCAAAGUGAUGCUGUUCCCUGAGGCGUGGGGCCGCAGUCAGUGUCGUUCUCUGGAGCGGAUGGUGGAGGUGGAGCAGGAGUAUCCAGGAGGAGUGGAGCACAUCUAUAAUCCCGGCUGUGUGCCGCUGCUGCGCUGCUCCGGAUGCUGCAAUGAUGACAAACUGGCCUGUUUCCCCGUCAGCACACGCAACAUCAGCAUCCAGCUGUUGAGAAUAACUCCGGCGGAGAGGAGCAGACAAUACGUGCUGCUUUCCUUCCAGGAGCACCAGAGCUGUGAGUGCAGGCCCAGACGACACCACCUGAGGAACCAGCACAGAAGGAGGCGGAAGGGCAAACGCAGGAGGAGACGGAGAGGAAGGACGGACGGGGAUUGAGACGCAGCUGGGAUAUGAUGAACACUAUGGCAAAUAGGCACAGACUCUAUUCAUCACACAAGCACUUCUGGACAUUAGUGUGGUCAGUCUGACCCGGAUCAGGAUCAACACAAACCCUGCCGUGGUGUCCAGCGAUCAUCACACAUCUGUGUUUAUAUCGACCGUCCUGGAUCACAGACUGAGUGUAAAUAAAGCUGCUAAACUGAAGGAAUCAGGCUUUAUCAGGUGUGAAAUAUA